GCUUCUAGUGCCACGAAGCCCUCCUGUCUGGGCUGUCCCUAUGACGCCUGUUAGUUUAGGCCUAGAAAAAAAAUUCUCAUUAUAACUUUUCAGCCAGGAAACAGUAGCACGGGCAACUUAGUCUGGACAAUAAUGCUCAAACUCAACUUUUGCUUAGUGCCCUCAUUAUGAAGCCCUGACGCAGAGGUGGACGCCAAUCAGGCGGUAUGGGGACAGCCCUGAGGCUCUGAAAGGCCCUGGGCCGCUUCCUCCUGUGAAGACGUAGCUGCGGGUGGCUGUGGCGGUGGCGUCCAAGAUGUCGACCAAGAAUUUCCGAGUCAGCGAAGGGGACUGGAUUUGCCCUGACAAAAAAUGUGGAAAUGUAAACUUUGCUAGAAGAACCAGCUGUAAUCGAUGUGGUCGGGAGAAAACAACUGAGGCCAAGAUGAUGAAAGCUGGGGGCACUGAAAUAGGAAAGACACUUGCAGAAAAAAGCCGAGGCCUAUUUAGUGCUAAUGACUGGCAGUGUAAAACUUGCAGUAAUGUGAAUUGGGCCAGAAGAUCAGAGUGUAACAUGUGUAAUACUCCAAAGUAUGCUAAAUUAGAAGAAAGAACAGGAUAUGGUGGUGGUUUUAAUGAAAGAGAAAAUGUUGAAUAUAUAGAAAGAGAAGAAUCUGAUGGUGAAUAUGAUGAGUUUGGACGUAAAAAGAAAAAGUACAGAGGGAAGGCAGUUGGUCCUGCAUCUAUAUUAAAGGAAGUUGAAGAUAAAGAAUCAGAGGGAGAAGACGAGGAUGAGGAUGAAGAUCUUUCUAAAUAUAAAUUAGAUGAGGAUGAGGAUGAAGAUGAUGCUGAUCUCUCAAAAUAUAAUCUUGAUGCCAGUGAAGAAGAAGAUAGUAAUAAAAAGAAACCUAAUAGACGAAGUCGCUCAAAGUCUCGAUCUUCACAUUCACGAUCUUCAUCACGCUCAUCCUCCCCCUCAAGUUCAAGGUCUAGGUCCAGGUCCCGUUCAAGAAGUUCUUCCAGUUCGCAGUCAAGAUCUCGUUCCAGUUCCAGAGAACGUUCGAGAUCUCGUGGGUCGAAAUCAAGAUCCAGCUCCAGGUCCCACAGGGGCUCUUCUUCCCCACGAAAAAGAUCUUAUUCAAGUUCAUCAUCUUCUCCUGAGAGGAACAGAAAGAGAAGUCGUUCUAGAUCUUCUUCAUCUGGUGAUCGCAAAAAAAGACGAACAAGAUCACGGUCACCCGAAAGCCAGGUGAUUGGUGAAAACACUAAACAACCCUGAGCCCAGGGCCAACCCCUACGGAACACCACUACUUUACCCAGGCACCACAGGUCAUCUUCUGGAUCAUCCCAUUCGGGUUCCCGUUCAAGUUCAAAAAAGAAAUAAUGUAUUAAAAUUUACAUCAAAAAAAAAAAAAUCCAGUACAGUGCAUGAAGCAUAUUUUUAAAGAAGUUGGUGUCAUACUUGGUCAGAAGUGCUAAAUCUGCUAGUAGAGGUGCAUGCCUUUCAUUGCUUUUCAGAAAAAUACAGCUGUGUUUAUUUGUAAAGUUAAAAGUAAAUAGCAUUUUAAGCCAUAAUGUCCCAAAAUAGAUGCUCUAUUUAUCAUUUAUUGUUUACAGCCAUUUGCUUCAUUCAUCAACCAUCUCAGCUGUAACAAAGUACUUUGUUUCCUAAUUUAAACUCUUGUUUUUCUCAUUUCUAAAUAUAUCCUGUCUAUUGGCUAAAACAGGAUUACCAAGGCUUGUCCAAACUUUGGACAUGGAGGCAAGACUGGUAAACUUAUGGAAAACCACCUUUUUAUGUUAAUCUAGUAAAAGAGGUCUACCUGUUUAUGUUGUUAACACAUGUUAAAGUUAUUCUUACCAGAAAAGGUCAAACUGAGUUUAAACAGCUAGCUGGAAACUUCUUUAUUUUUAAAUUCCCUAUGCUAAGGGUGCCUUAGAAUCAUUGUCUCUCUUUUAUCCAGCUGUACUUUUUUGUACCACCACAUUUAAUGCAGAAGAAUCUUGUGAAUUGCUGAAGGAGAAAAUGUUAAUUUUCCUUUCUGACACAUAAUUUGGGGCAAGAAAGAAAGCCUAACAUUUCAUCUCUUCUUUAUUGGUAUGGUUGCCUGAGAAGAGAAACAUCUUAUUUCAAAACAUUUAUCAAUAUUUUAAGAAGCUUUGUGUGAUAUCUUUUAAAAUCCAGUUAUCAAAUAUGAUAGUGUAAAAAGGCUAAAUCAUAGUUAAUGAGAAAAUGUAAGAAAGUUUUUGAAUUAAUAUUUCUCUUUUGAUGAAAGGACAACACAGACAUUGUGAAUUUAAGUGAACAUUUGCCUCUAGAUGAUUUACUAUAAACAUAUUGCAUAAAAUUUUCUUUUGAAUAACAAAUGAAUGCUUAUUUCUAUAUAAUGUAAGCAAAAUCAUUAUUUUUCCUAUUCACUUGAAAUAACUUAUGGCUUAAAAUGCUUUCAGAGUUUGUUUUAUUUUUCAAAAUUAAAAUCUGGUCACUGAACUCCAUUUUGUUUUCUGGUUUAAAAACAAAAAGGUUUCUCUUAACAGUCUCUUCAGUGACAAUGCAAGGUAAGUAUAUUAAGGGAAAUCCAACAAUUGUGCGUGUGGGCUUUUUGUUACGGGAUAUUGAUUUCUUUUUUCCCUCAACAUUGUCUACUGCAACUUAAAUAAAAAUUAAAACAUUUUAAGGUGUUUAGUAGACAGACCAAACAAAAUUAUAUUUUUUUUUAUUUUAAAGUGUGUUUUUCUCUUCAACUGAUCUAAAGAUGAAAGAAUAUCUUAUGUAGAAAUAUUUUGAUAAUAUUUUUACAAUAAGCUUUCUUGUGUUUUUUAUGUCUUAAUUUUUUUGCUGCGUUUACUGUAGGUUGCACAAGAACUUUUACUCUUGUAAUUGUGCCUCAGACUUUUUGAAAGUCUUCCUUCUGAGUUGCCCAGAUGAUCCUCUAGAUUCUACAUGUUACUAUUGGUUUAUUCUUGUGCUUUCUGUAUUUAAAAUUUUGGCUGUACUAAGCAAAUGCAAGGUUAUAAAUUUAGCUAAUAGUAGUUUACAGACAAUUCAGAUGAUUAUGAUUUCAUUUGGUUUAACUAAGCUGUACUAGUUCAUUUCAUAAGGAAAUGAUGCUGUAGACAAAUGUAAAUAAAGCCUGUGAGUCAAGCAUCAAGUGGUGUUUGUUAGAAAUAAACUAGAGAUUUUUAAGCUCUGA